CCUCUCCUCACAGAUCCCUCAAGAAGAUAAUGGUUUUGGAAAAUGCCUCUUCAGUGACUGAGUUCAUCCUUGCCGGCUUAACAGAUCAACCAGAGCUCCAACUACCCCUAUUCCUCUUGUUUGUGGGCACCUAUGUGGUCACCAUAGUGGGAAAUUUGGGAUUGAUCAUUUUAAUUAGGAUGAAUUCUCAGCUUCACACUCCUAUGUACUACUUCCUCUUCAACUUAUCUUUCAUAGAUCUCUGCUGCUCCUCUGUCUUUACUCCCAAAAUGUUGAUGAAUUUUGUCCUAACAAAAAACAUCUCUCAUUCAGGGUGUAUGGCACAGCUCUAUUUCUUCUGUUUUUUUGUUAUUUCUGAAAUGUAUGUGUUGACAAUAAUGGCUUAUGAUCGUUACAUUGCCAUCUGUAAUCCUUUGCUGUAUAAUGUAACCAUGUCCAAUCAGGUCUGUUCAUGGCUGUUGGGUGGGGCAUAUGUAAUGGGGUUUGCUGGUGCGAUGGCCCACACUGGAUGCAUGCUGAGACUGUCCUUCUGUGAUGCCAACAUCAUAAACCAUUACAUGUGUGAUGUACUCCCCCUCCUCCAGCUCUCUUGCACCAGCACUUAUGUCAAUGAACUGGUGGUUUUCAUUGUUGGGGGCACUAAUAUUAUAGUGCCUAGUGUCACUAUCUUCACCUCUUAUGCUCUUGUCCUGUCCAGUAUCCUGAACAUCAGCUCCACUGAAGGCAGGUCCAAAGCCUUCAGCACCUGCAGUUCCCACAUAAUUGCUGUUGCUGUUUUCUUUGGGUCAGCUUCAUUCAUGUAUCUAAAGCCAUCCUCAUCAGGGUCUGUAGACCAGGACAAAAUAUCUUCAAUCUUUUACACAAAUGUGGGGCCCAUGCUAAACCCCCUUAUUUAUAGUCUGAGGAAUAAAGACGUUCAGGCUGCCUUCAGGAAAACUUUGAAAGGAAGAAUAUUUUCCAGAACAUAA